UCUCUCUUCUUGCAGACCCCCCCAGACGACAUGACAAAGGAUCAGCAGGCCACGCCCAUACCCGAGGAGCUCUACAAUCUCACCCAGCUGGCCGAUGUUACACUGGCGGCUGGACCGCUGAGCACGGCAGCCAAAAACGCCAAAAUGUUGCCCUCAAACACUUUCUACGCCUCCUCCGACGAUGACUCCACAUACAAUUCGUACAGCCACAAGGUGUUUGAUCGCCGAAAAGUUCGUCGUUGCACCAUCUCCGAUACCAAUUCCUGCGCCAGCAGCCAAUCCAGUGCUCAAUCUCACAGCAGCAGCGAGGAGCAAUCGCCGGCACAGAACAGCAGCAGCUCUAGCUCCAGUUCUAGUUCCAUUCUGCUGGAUGAUGAGCACACGUGUCCCGAGUGCGGCAAAAAGUAUUCCACCUCCUCCAAUCUGGCGCGCCAUAGACAAACCCACAGGUCAAUUAUGGACAAGAAGGCGCGACAUUGUCCGUACUGCGAAAAGGUGUAUGUGUCGAUGCCUGCUUAUUCGAUGCAUGUGCGCACCCACAACCAGGGCUGCGAGUGUCAGUACUGUGGCAAGUGUUUCUCCCGUCCCUGGCUGCUGCAGGGACACAUACGCACACACACCGGAGAGAAGCCGUUCAAGUGCAACGUGUGCAGCAAAGCCUUUGCGGACAAAUCCAAUCUGCGUGCUCACAUCCAGACACACUCGAACACGAAGCCUCACACCUGCGCACGUUGCGGCAAAGCGUUUGCCUUGAAAUCGUAUCUGUACAAGCAUGAGGAAUCCUCCUGCAUGAAGAAUCGCAGCGAAUCGUUGCCACGUGCUACAGCCAAGCAGCAAACGGAGUUGGAAAUUACAGGAGAGACAAUGACAGCAAAGUCAACAUCAUCUGUUUCUCCAGAUUCAGCAAAGUCAACGCUGGCGCACAAGUUGCUGCAGAAGGAGAAGGAUCGCCGACAAGCUCAAGCUAAAGCUCAAGCUGCUCUAGCUUAUGCUUAUCCCGGAGCUCAUACCGAUUCCUUUGGCAUCUAUGAGAGCUUUAAGCGCAAUGCGGUGUUGCAACCAACAGUGUUGCAGCAUCCGAGUGCGGUGUACCAAGAACAUUUGUUGCCGCUGUCACUGCCACUGCCGUUGCCCUAUCACCAGCACUUUCCACAUGCCACAACAGCACAGACAGCAGCAGCUACAACAAUGCCCAACAAUGUGGAGGCGGAUCAGGAGCAACCCGUUGACUUUUCACCCAAAAACAAUUUCACACACUCGGCCAAAACGAGUCCAUUCGAGCUGACCGGCAACUAUGCCAUGGUUGCCUAGCUGACAUAAGUAAAUCAAUGCCCCGGUCUGACUGUAAAAGACAAAAAAGUGUUUGAGAGAGAGAGAGAACUAAUUGAGGAACCACACCAAAAAAAAAAAGCAGAAAACAAAAGUAAAA